AUGGUCUCAGAGUUGGAACAGUCUCAGACUCAGAGAAGUCGCUUCAUGGUCUCAGAGUUGGAACAGUCUCAGACUCAGAGAAGUCGCUUCAUGGUCUCAGAGUUGGAACAGUCUCAGACUCAGAGAAGUCGCUUCAUGGUCUCAGAGUUGGAACAGUCUCAGACUCAGAGAAGUCGCUUCAUGGUCUCAGAGUUAGAACAGUGUCAGACUCAGAGAAGUCGCUUCAUGGUGUCAGAGUUGGAACAGUCUCAGACUCAGAGAAGUCGCUUCAUGGUCUCAGAGUUGGAACAGUCUCAGACUCAGAGAAGUCGCUUCAUGGUCUCAGAGUUGGAACAGUCUCAGACUCAGAGAAGUCGCUUCAUGGUCUCAGAGUUGGAACAGUCUCAGACUCAGAGAAGUCGCUUCAUGGUCUCAGAGUUAGAACAGUGUCAGACUCAGAGAAGUCGCUUCAUGGUCUCAGAGUUGGAACAGUCUCAGACUCAGAGAGGUCGCUUCAUGGUCUCAGAGUUGGAACAGUCUCAGACUCAGAGAAGUCGCUUCAUGGUCUCAGAGUUAGAACAGUGUCAGACUCAGAGAAGUCGCUUCAUGGUCUCAGAGUUAGAACAGUCUCAGACUCAGAGAAGUCGCUUCAUGGUCUCAGAGUUAGAACAGUCUCAGACUCAGAGAAGUCGCUUCAUGGUCUCAGAGUUAGAACAGUGUCAGACUCAGAGAAGUCGCUUCAUGGUCUCAGAGUUGGAACAGUCUCAGACUCAGAGAAGUCGCUUCAUGGUCUCAGAGUUAGAACAGUCUCAGACUCAGAGAAGUCGCUUCAUGGUCUCAGAGUUGGAACAGUCUCAGACUCAGAGAAGUCGUUUCAUGGUCUCAGAGUUAGAACAGUGUCAGACUCAGAGAAGUCGCUUCAUGGUCUCAGAGUUAGAACAGUCUCAGACUCAGAGAAGUCGCUUCAUGGUCUCAGAGUUGGAACAGUCUCAGACUCAGAGAAGUCGCUUCAUGGUCUCAGAGUUAGAACAGUCUCAGACUCAGAGAAGUCGCUUCAUGGUCUCAGAGUUAGAACAGUCUCAGACUCAGAAAAGUCGCUUCAUGGUCUCAGAGUUGGAACAGUCUCAGACUCAGAGAAGUCGCUUCAUGGUCUCAGAGUUAGAACAGUCUCAGACUCAGAGAAGUCGCUUCAUGGUCUCAGAGUUGGAACAGUCUCAGACUCAGAGAAGUCGCUUCAUGGUCUCAGAGUUAGAACAGUCUCAGACUCAGAGAAGUCGCUUCAUGGUCUCAGAGUUGGAACAGUCUCAGACUCAGAGAAGUCGCUUCAUGGUCUCAGAGUUGGAACAGUCUCAGACUCAGAGAAGUCGCUUCAUGGUCUCAGAGUUAGAACAGUCUCAGACUCAGAGAAGUCGCUUCAUGGUCUCAGAGUUGGAACAGUCUCAGACUCACAGUGGAUCCUGA